GAUGAAUAUGCAAUUUGUGAGUGAGUCGGUUAGGGUUGAUAUUUUGGGGUAUUUGAAAAACAGAAGAGAAUGAAAUAUUCGUGAAAAUGGGGCAGGAGAUCAAAGAACCGUGCAAGAAAGAGGCUUGUGCCAUCCAAGCCUGCCUCUCCAAGAACAACUUUCUCCCCCAAAAGUGCAUUAAAGUAAUUGAAUUGCUGGACUCAUGCUGCACAAGAUGCGAUUAUAAUUCAACUCACUGUGCUUCCCUCUCCGGAUUAUUGAAGCAAAAUUCCAAGUAA